GAGACCAAGGCAGCUGUCUUCAUCUCUUCCUUGUCUUCUUCCAUUUUUAAGGGAGAUGGAUCUGAAUUCUGCUUCCCGGGUUAGGCUGCCAUGAGCUGGCAGGCAGGCGGAGCGGUGGAGUCCUCGCUUGUGCCUUCGGUUCCUGUUGGCUCCGUUUCCUUGCUAUGGAAGACGUGCUGCCUUCUGCCGUACUGGAAAUCUGCCUGUUGGUUGGGAUCCCCAGAGAAAAGGCAAAAGAAGUCUACCAGAUUGCUCAGAAAAAAGAUGUGAAAAGCUUUCCUCCAUAUGAACCAGAAAUCCUUUCUGUUUUUGUACCUCCUUUUAUCAGCAAGCAGGAGUUGCAAACAACAAAUAUAAAUAGUAAUGCAUUCAAUAAAGCAAAACGCCGCUCUUUUCGAAGAAAGAAAGAGAAAUCUAAGAUUGAAAGUGCAAAAGCUCUGAAUGGAGCCCAGAAACCUGCUGAAACUGAAGAUGUUAGUGUUCCCAAAGAUGUUGAUCUUAAUGGAUUGCCAGAACUUUGUUUUCCAGGAGGAUUUUGUAUAACAUGUGAAUCUAAGGAGGACCACUUCCAUUUCCUUGUUUUCACGGAUGUCUGUGGCAACAGAACAUAUGGUGUCGUUGCACAAUAUUACCAGCCUAUACAAGCUGGAUACAUCUCCAACGGGCAGGUUCCCUGGGAAACUGUGCAGACCUCGAGAGCUCCGCUGUACUUCGUACCAUGUGCUGUUUGUGUCAUAUCGAGGUAUCCGUACUUUAAUGCCCUCAGAGACUGUCUGUCUUGCCUCUUGGUGCAGUUGAAGCCUUACAAGGAUUUAGAUGUUGAUGACUAUAUAAAAGAAUUUGCAGCAAAAUUGUCCUUGAUACCCAGUCCUCCUCCAGGACCGCUCCAUUUGGUAUUUAAUAUGAAGCCUCUCCAAGUAAUAUUUCCAUCGCGGGAGGAUCCUGACAGCCCAGUUGUUGAUUUGGACCUGCACCUUCCCUUCCUAUGCUUCAAACCAGAGCAGGUUUUACAGAUAAUGACUUGUAUUUUAACUGAGCGGAAGAUUGUUUUCUUCUCUUCUGACUGGGCGUUGCUAACGCUCAUAUCCGAAUGCUUCAUGCUGUACCUUCAUCCUAUUCAGUGGCAACACACCUUUGUACCUAUUCUGUCUCGUCAGAUGUUGGAUUUUGUAAUGGCGCCUACAUCCUUCCUCAUGGGGUGUCACAGCGAUCACUUUGAAGAAGUUUGCAAGGAAGCUGAUGACUUAAUUCUAAUUAACAUUGAUAAUGGCGAUAUUACGCAAUCCAAGUCUUCUGAAGAUGAGACUGAAAUUCCAGAUAUCCCACAGCAAGCGGCGAGAAUUUUUAUAACAAGGGUUGAAAACCUUCAGCUACACUAUGACCUAGAACUCUGCCAUUUUAAUUCCUGUACCGACCUUAGUGAAAUACAGUUGCGUAGGAGAAAUUGGCAACAGAAGCUGAAUUCUGAAAUUCAGCAGAUUACUCUGCAGUUAAUAGUCAAUAUCUUCAGAGAGGUGAAAGACCAUUUGAAUUAUGAACACAGGGUUUUUAAUAGUGAAGAAUUUAUGAAAACAAGAGCAGUAAAUGAUCAGCCAUUUUACAGAAAGGUAUUGGAGACGUAUAUGUUCCAUUCUUUUCUUAAAGCUCGCCUUAACAGAAGGAUGGAUGCUUUUGCCCGCCUAGAGAUGAGCACUCAAACUGAAGAAGAUAGAUUAAGUUCGAUGUUUGAUAGCCCAAGGAGGCUAACCAUGGAGAAAAUGGCUACAAAAAGAUUUAACCCUCAGUAUAUGAUCAGCAAGCGUAUGGGAAUGAGUUUGCCUAAUCUGCAAGAUAUCAAGCUGAAGGAUGGUCCAACUAGGAAUUCAUCUUUUCGGAAUAUAAACACUAAGCAUGCUGCAAGUGUGGUCUCUAAAUCAGUGAGCACUUUCAAGAUCCCAGAAAUCCACUUUCCUCUGGUGGGCCAGUGUGUCUACUCUUACUACAUUGACUUCAUCAGCCAUCUCAGCAGAGCUAUCACUAUUGUUUCUCCUGAUAACUCUGCACUUCUGGCAAGGUAUUUCUAUCUUAGGGGACUGAUUGGUUUGAUGCAAGGAAAGCUUCUAAAUGCUCUUUCGGACUUCCAAAAUCUGUACAAGACAGACAUAAGGAUAUUCCCCACUGACCUUGUGAGGAAAAUGGUGGAAACACUUCCUCCUUCUGACCGUUCCCAAGCAGACCAGAAGCCAGAACUGAAGAGGCUGAUAAGUCAAGUGAUGGAUAAGCAAAGGGAAAUAACCAAAGUGGAUGACCAUGUGAAAAACUUCGCGUUGCCCAAAACUCACAUGCAGCUGGGUGACUUUGUGAAGCGCAUUCAGGAAUCUGGGAUAGUCAAAGAUACUGACACUAUACAUCGGCUGUUUGAUGCAUUAACAGUAGGACAACAGAAACAAAUAGAUCCAGAAACGUUUAAAGACUUUUACAACUACUGGAAGGAAACGGAAGCAGAGGCUCAAGACGUAAACUUGCCACCCACUGUAAUAGAGCAUUUAGACAAAAAUGAAUGUGUCUACAAGUUAUCGAAUUCUGUUAAAACUAACAAAGGAGUUGGAAAAAUAGCAAUGACUCAGAAGCGCUUGUUCCUUUUGACUGAAGGAGUUCGGCCUGGCUAUGAAAACAUUGCAACUUUCAGAGAUAUAGAGGAAGUGAAGAGUACUACGGUCACUUUUCUUCUGCUCCGGAUUCCCACUCUAAAGAUAAAAGUCAUGUCGAAAAAGGAAGUUUUUGAAGCAAAUCUUAAAUCUGAGUGUGAUCUUUGGCACCUGAUGGUGAAAGAAAUGUGGGCUGGGAAGAAGAUGGCUGAUGAUCACAAGGAUCCCCAGUACAUUCAGCAAGCGCUUACCAACGUUCUUCUAAUGGAUGCAGUCGUAGGCGCGUUGCAGUCUUCCAAAAUAAUUUAUGCUGCUUCCAAACUAUCUUAUUUUGACAAGAUGAAGAAUGAAGUGCCCAUGAUGGUCCCCAAAACAACAGCAGAGACAUUGAAACACAAGAUCAAUCCAUCAGCCGGUGAAACGUUUCCACAAGCAGUGGAAGUCUUGCUUUAUACACCAGGGCAGCUUGACCCAGCAGAGAGGCAUGGAGACGCCCAUCCGAAAUUAUGGUGUGCUUUGACUGAGGGGAAGGUUGUUGUGUUCGAUGCAUCUACAUGGUCUAGACAACACUGUUUUAAAGUGGGGAACUCUAAGCUGACAUGUAUGGUAAUGGCAGAACAAAGUCAAGUCUGGAUCGGUUCUCAAGAUUCCAUCAUCUAUUUAAUCAAUACACAUAGCAUGUCUUGCAAUAAGCAACUGAAUGACCAUCGCUUUGAAGUUGUGGACAUCAUUGUGGAGGACAAAGACAACGUGUCCAGUGAGGCAUAUUCGUGCAGCUUAGAUGGGACAGUGAUUGCUUGGAACAUCAGCACCUUAAAAGUGAACCGCAGAUUUCAGCUGCAGUGUGAAACACUAACUGCUAUCAAAUUCUACAAUAACCGACUUUGGUGCUGUGUAGGAAGCUGUAUCCUUGUAGUCACAACAAAUGGGGUUGUUCGGCAAAAGGUAAAAAUGGAAGAAAAUGCAAGAGAUCUCCCUGUGUCCUUAUUCUGUUUCCAGUUGUUCCCCGAGAGGGAGCAGGUGUGGGCAUCAUGUUCUGGGAGCACCGAACUGUAUAUCUGGAAUAUGACUGAUCUCUCUAAACCCUCUCAGAAGAUAAGCCUGCAAGACUGUUCAGAGAUCACAUGUAUGAUGAAGGUUAAAAACCAGAUGUGGGUUGGCGGCCGAGGACUUUCCCAAGGCAAAAUCAAGGGCAAGAUCUACGUGGUUGAUUCUGAAAAGAAAACGGUGGAAAAAGAGUUGGUUGGACACACUGAUGCCGUGAAAGCUCUGUGCUCUGCAGAGGACAGAUACGUUCUUAGUGGCUCUGGAAAGGAAGAAGGGAAGAUUGCAAUCUGGAAGGUUGAAUAGAGUUCAUUUGUUUAAUGCCGUUUCAAAACCCGGGUAUAAGAUGGGAUUCUGCUAGGGCCAGGUUUGUGUGCAGUCCUCCUUCAGUAUUUUUACAUUAUAAGACCACUUUGAAAAGUAAUUAUGUAUUUGUUCUGGAGCAGCAGAAGUGAACUUCUAUUUAUAUCUGGUUAUGAUGGCCAUGAGCUGCACACUGAACAAGAAACUCGAAAAUCAGUGGGUAGUUCUUAAAAUCAAACUAAAAAUGUCACUUAUUUUCUGCAUUGCAGAGUCAGUGAUGCAUCUUGUUCAAUAAUUAAGAACAUCAGAAGUGCCCUGAGGCUGGAUCAGACCAAGGGUCCAUCUAGUCCAACACUCUGUUCACACAGUGGCCCACCAGCCAUCGGCCAGGGACGAACAAGCAGGACAUGGUGCAACAGCACCCUCCCAACCAUGUUCCCCAGCAACUGGUGCAUACAGGCUUACUGCCUCGAAUACUGGAGAUAGCACACAAUCAUCAGGUCUAGUAGCCAUGGAUAGCCUUCGCCUCCAGGAAUUUAUCCAACCCCCUUUUAAAGCCAUCCAGAUUGGUGGCCAUCACUACAUCUUGUGGUAGUGAGUUCCACGUCAACUGGAAAAGUUGGCUAAACUUUCAUUGUUUAAUCUUGUUUAAAUUGAUGAGCUUUGUCUUUAGAUUCCAUGGGAUCUUUUAAAUUAGGACAAUUGGUUGACACAGAACCAGCCUCCUACGGUUCUUGUUAUUGUUAACCCAAACCCAAGCCUUGUUGCCUGCUCUGGUUGUCCCCUGGCGUUUCUGCACGAGUGGCUUUCUCCACUCAAAAUAAACGAAUAUGGAAGCUGUUGCAAGAAAAGAGGAUCCCACUACACCUUCGAGAAAACCAUAAUAGGUCACAUCUUUCUUUUUUUAGUGGUGCUGCAGACUCGAGGCUUUCCGAAGUAGUACUAAUGCGGUGAAGUAAUUCCCUUUUCCAAGAUUGCAGUUUCUCAUUGUUCUACAGAAGGUGGUGCUAUUGUAAAUGCCAAACAGGUGGCAUUCUCCAUUCCCUAGAGGUGGGUCUGCUAUCUUAUUUGUUCAACACCUUCCAAUUAGAUGGAAGAAGUUUAUAUUGCACCUUUAUUCUCAAAGGUGCUUCCAUUUGUUAGCAAACAAAAGCUAUUCCGCUCCCUCUUUUUUUAAAGUGCUCUUAACACAACAUGUCUCUCAAAAUGUUUAUAGGGCUACAUGGUCAAGCGCUUCUCGCAAAGGACACUUUGCCAAUUUCCCCUCUUCCAGAAUCUGUGCUCUCAAAUUACUUAUCCCCAUCAAACGUGUAUAGCUGAAAUAUAAAUAAGUUAUUUCUCCCCCACCCCCCAGCUGAAAUAUAAAUAAGUUAUUUUCCCCACACCUCCUUUUUUAAAAUAUAUAGAUAAAUAUAUUGUUGGUCUGAAGGAAACUUUUUCGGUCCUCGCUGUGUCAUAUUGGGGUAGGGUGUUGAAUAGCACUAUGAACUAUAUUGUAAAUGUAGAUGAAUUGUUUGCUGUUUUGUAAGCAUUUCAUAAAUGGUUACUAGAAAGUGUUAUAAACUGUUUUUGGUACCCUGUGUGUAAUGGAAGGAUUUUAGUCUCUUAAUAAAACCUUGCCAUUUGGAAGUAGCAGAAACUAGCCUUU